AUGGACGAUCUUUACUUUCAAACUACCGAUGAUCCUGACAUUCAUAUUCACGAUGAUCCUGACCUCUAUAUUAACGAUGAUCCUGACUUUCAUAUUAUUGAUGGGGUUGAAACUAUUUACGAAGAAGAUCUAGAAUCCUUCGAAAAUAAAAGU